CUGUAAGUGAAGCUGCACAGUUUAAUACCCUUACAUGCGUGUGUAAGUGCAGUAUUAUGGGCUUUUUAAUGGGUGCAGGAGCUGACGUUAUAUAAACAGAGGAAUGUUUUUGACUGGUGUUUUAAAAGGCAGCAAGUGGAAUUGUUAUUUUUUUUAAUUAUUACUGAUACACACACACACACACACAAAUAUAUAUAUACAUAUAUAUAUAUGUAACACAAUGGAAGUCUUGGAAGGAGCUGGUGAUGGAGAGAACGUGUUGGAUUUGUCCCAUUUGAACUUGCACAGUGUGAAUUUUGAGACUGUGAGUAAUACACGGAGGAUAGAAACCACCCAGAUUAAUCUGUGCUACAACAGACUGGUAGAACUUCCGGUUUCCAUCAGACGCUUCACGAGCCUGGAGUUUCUUGACGUGAGUAAUAACGGAUUGUCGGUUCUGAGUGACGCCGUCACGGCUCUGACUCGGCUCAAGACCCUCAUCGCCAAAAACAACCGCCUGGAUGAGUUCUCUUUACCCAAAAACCUCAGUUUGUUACAGACGCUUGAGGUGGUGAAUCUCAGCGGGAACCGAUUCGAGGAGAUCCCCAAACAACUGCUGCAGUUACAGCGACUCCACUCACUGUCCUUCGGGGGAAACCGUCUCAAACACAUCCCUCCUGAAAUAGACAGUCUCACCAGUUUGGAGCUGCUGUAUUUGGGAGGUAACAUGAUCUCGUCAAUCCCAGUGGAGCUGGCCAACCUGCCUGUGCUCAGCUACCUGGCGCUGUGUGACAACCGCAUUCAGAGCAUCCCACCUCAGUUCACCAGGCUCAACUCCCUGCGUUCUCUCAGUCUCCAUAAUAAUCUCCUGACCUAUUUGCCACGUGAAAUCCUCAGCCUAGUGCAGCUCCAGGAGCUCAGUCUCCGUGGCAACCCUCUGGUCGUGCGUUUCAUCAAGGACAUGACCUAUGACCCUCCGUCACUGCUGGAGAUGGCGGGUCGCACCAUUAAAACGCGUAACCUGCGCUACUCAGAACAGGACCUGCCUGCCGACCUCGUCAGAUACCUGGACCUGGCUAGCAAGUGUCCUAACCCUAAGUGUGGAGGUGUGUACUUCGACUCGUGUGUGCGCCAUAUCAAGUUUGUGGAUUUUUGCGGGAAGUAUCGGCUGCCCCUCAUGCACUACCUGUGCUCCCCAGAAUGCACCUCUCCCUGCAGCUCCAACCCUCAGAGCGACGCAGACUCGGAUGACGACCAUAGCGUCUCUGCCGAUCGGCUGCAGAGAGUGCUGCUGGGAUAGCACACACGCACACACACACGCACACACGCACACGCGCACACACGCACACACAGACACACGCACUCGUGCGCACGCACACACAUGCACAUACACACACCCACACACACACACGCACACAUACACACGCACACACACAGACACACACAUACACACAUCUCUCUCUCUGUCACUGGUGCUGCUUCUUCAAACACACUGAAUUUUGUGGCCCACCAGAUUCAGUAUGCUUUUUAUUUCAGUACACUAACGCUGCCUUUCAGUAUCGUUCAUAACAAACCCUCUGCCACAGCUCUGUCCUCCGGUACAGUGCUUACUAACUCAUUUGACAGAUUCAAGCAUAGUGUGUGUCUAACGUGAAGUUAGUGCAUUAUGAUCACUGAUCAAAUUCCUCUUUUUUUAUAUUAAAAAAUGUGCUAUCUGGAAAAAUGAAGUUUGAAACCGUUAAGCUUUUAUUUUCUCACUUUCACUCAAAUUCUUUGGUGCUGUUACAUUACUAACCAUUACACACAUACUGUAUGACAACUUCAACUGAUUUUGCUUCCUUAUAUUUGAAUUAAGGUCGCUGUAUUUUUUUCUUUUCAUUAACAGUAAUAACACUGAGCCUCAUUUAUCACCCUGGAUACCAAUAAAUUGUCCGUACAAAUAUUUGCACCAAAUUUUUUGCAUUCGUGAAAAUCCCAUAAACUCUGAAAAACCUUUGGAACCUUCUCGUGCUCCUGGCAGUGUGUAAAUCUACGCAGAAGAAGACUAACUGAUAGAAUCGAUUCACAUGAUCCGAUUGUUUCAGAUACGAAUAUUCAGUCAUUUUUACAGUAACGUCAAUCUUUCAUGGAUAAACUGCUUAUUUUGAGCACGUUUACAGAAUUUAUCAGACGUCCUCAUGACCUCGAAGUUUCUAUCAAACAUCAUCAUGCUAGUUCACUGGAUCAGGGCCUAAAAAGAAAAAAAAUAUAUUUGUGAAAACUUUGGUGAUAUUGAAGGUGUUAAUUAAUGACUGGAAAAAUAAAGAAGGUGAGUCAACACAGUCCUAUCAUUUAAGACUAAUUAUUUAAUUAUGGAAAAGGAAUUGAUGACGUAUAAACAGAAGAAAUUAUUAUUAUUAUUAAUAUUAAUUCAUCAUAAUCAUCAUAAUAAAGUAAUUAUAGUAUUAAGUCAUUAUAUGUAAUGAAAUCUUUUUACUGGUGUUGAAAUGCGUCUUGAGUAAUAAGUCAGAAAUGCGAUUUACACUCAAAAUCACGCAUGCGCACGAGUAUGAAGAACUUCAGCCUUUCUGAAAGGGUUAGAUUUUCAGCAGUUAAAAUAUUUACAGUACUGUGCAAAAGUUUUAGGCAGGUGUGAAAAAAUGCUGUAAACAAAGAACGCUUUCAGAAAUAUAAAUAAUGAGUGUUUAUUUCUGUCAAUUUACAAAAUGCAAAGUGAGCAAACAAAAGAAAAAUCUAAAUCAAAUCAAUUUUUGGUGUUACCAGCUUUUGCCUUCAAACCAGCAUGAAGUGAUGGCACGACCCCCACAGAGCCCUGAUCUCAACAUCAUCGAGUGUGUCUGAGAUUACAUGAAGAGACAGAAGGAUGUGAGAAAGCCGACAUCCACAGAAGAUCUGUGGUUAGUUCUCCAAGAUGUUUGGAACAACCUACCAGACGAGUUCCAUCAAAACCUGUGUGCGAGUGUACCUAGAAGAAUUGCUGCUGUUUUGAAGGCAAAGUGAGGUCACACCAAAUAUUGAUUUGAUUUAGAUUUCUCUUUUGUUCAUUCACUGCAUUUUGUUCAUUUAUGAAAAUAAAUGUUUAACACUUCCAUUUUUGAAAGCAUUCUUUGUUUACAGCAUUUUUUCACACCUGCCUAAAACUUUUGCACAGUUCUGUACAUGCAGUGUUUUGAUCACAGAUUGAUAAAUGAGGCUCACUGUUCAAACCCAACGGCCAUCUUCACUCUUAUGGUAACUGUUGGUAGGUCAGUCAGUUGAGACUCUCCAGUCGUUGCCAUGAUGAUGAAAUGACGUCCUAAAUUUCACGAUAGACAGAAUUUUGGUGCCGGAAAAUUGCUGUUUUGCAUUUGAAGCUCACGUCGGCGAGGGUGUGUUAAUAAACCGUACUGAAAGACGGUUUGAGAGAGCUGGACAUGUGUCUUUACAGGAGAGAUGUCCGUUACGGGUUACUGUCCUCACCUGGCAACUCUGUAGCUUUGUGUUUUAUCUUGAAACAAAACAGACCGCGGGGUUUUUUUUUUCUUUCCUUUUUUUGUUGUUGUUUUCUUCUAGAAGAUAUUUUCUUACACCAUUAGGGGCCACGUGGUGCUAAAAUCGUGUGACAUUAGCAACAAAGCAGCGUUCGAAUCAAUAGGGAUGCAUCUAUACUGUGUUUUAUACCUGUUUUUUGGUACUCGUCUAGACCGAUACUGAUCCUCAACAACAUACUGGAAAGUUGUAUAACAUUUUAUUCAGCUCUGUUGACGUUUUUUCCAGUUUACGUACUGGCCGUGAAAAAGCGCACGAGUGUGUAUUCAGGCGCUUCCACUUCCCGGCUUGUUCGAUGACAUUAGGUAGUUCAGCUGAUUUUAGAUAGCUCGUUCGUUUUCCAUGGAUGGAGAAGGGUUGCGUCAGAGAAGAGCAGGAUUUGUUGUACCUUUAAUUCAUUUCAUUGUGUUCAAAUCCCUCACCUAGCAUUGUUGAAGCGUUUUAGUUGUUUCUCCCCAGACUGAUUAAUUACUUAGCAUCAUUAAUCAGGAAACACGCUUCAGUUCUCUGUGUUUUCAUCUGGUCUGGUCAAAAGUGUGAUCAUUUACAUUUGAAUCUAAUUUCUUUUUUUUUCCUCCUAAAACUACUUGGUCUCAGACAGAUAGUCGGCUGGUAUUGAUGCAUCCCUAUUUUGGUAUUUUUUAAUCUUGGAUUAAACCUGAGUGCCUUGGUUUAUGUGUAGGAAAUAAAAUGUUUGCUCUUGCAGAUUUGUACUGCUCUGAGAGAGUGUAUAGUUUGAAUAACGCACAUAUUUUUUGAUUUUUAGAUCUAACAAUUAGACUGUGAAUUAAAAAAAUACUAUUUGAAGUAAAGAAUAGAAUAUUGAGAAUAUUAGUACUAUUAAUAUUGAUAUCAAUGCAGUCUCGGUGUAUUAAUAUUAUUGAUAAUAGUGUGUGUGUGUGUGUGUGAGAGAGAGAGAGAGAGAGAGAGAGAGAGAGAGAGAGAAUAUCAGGAAAUUGCACAUCUGUGGCCUUUAGUUAUUUCUCUGAGGCCUUAAACAGCUUACGGUUGCAGACAUCUUUCCUUCAUGUCGCUUUUCGUGCCCUUGCCGUCUAUCUAUGACAGCUGUUACAUCUCUAUUACAAGCCAAACCUGUUCACAGAAGAGAGACAAAGUAGAAUAUAGGAACUGGUCCGUUUCUGAAGUCAUCAUAAUCAGACGGUAACAAAUAGAUGUGAGCUUCUGGACACGGUGUGACGAUCAUCUGUCUUUGUAUUCAAUGUAAAACUUCUUUAACAAUUCAAACUGGUCGUUUUAAAUUGAGUUUCAUUUCCAUAACGCAAAAAAUUUUGAUACAUGAGAAGGAAAGAUACUAAAUGUUUUAAUAGUUUUCAUACAAAUGUUUUUAAUAGUACUGAUUGUCCAUUUGCUACAAUUGUACUGCUCAGUAGUCUGUCCCAAAUAUUAAGCAUUAUUUUAAAAGUCAGGAUUUUUGGCUCAAAAACACUAAACUGAAUGUAGCGCCUUAAAAUUUGGCUCAUUACAACGUAACCCUGAGAUCCUUUUUUGUUUUAUUUACCAGGUGAUAUUAACGAGUCAAUGCAACCGAGUGGGAUUUAAAUCUGGAACUGUUUAACUCCACCGUUGCACUGCUUUAGUAUUAAUUAACCCUAUUCUCACUUGUUCUGCAUCUCCCUGAUAUUACAGUAUAGUUUGUUUAAAACUGAUAAAGCCAGAGUUAAUCAAGACACUUUUCUCUAAUGAUUUAUAAAAAUGCACUUUGUCACUUAAUGUAAAAAAAAAAAGCAUA